AUGGAAGUAAAAGAACGCAGACCUUACCGCUCCCUGACCUCCAGGCGAGACACUGAGCGUCGGUACACCAGCUCCUCUGCUGACAGUGAGGACGGUAAGCUCAACCCCAAAUCCUACAGCUCCAGCGAAACCCUCAAAGCUUUCGACCAGGACACCAGAUUGGCCUAUGGCAGCCGGGUCAAAGACGUGGUGCACCAUGAAUCUGAUGAGUUCAGCAGACAAGGAGCGGACUACUCUCUCAGAAACAUGACCUUUGGAGAUCCAGUGCCACCCCAUAUGGCUGCAUAUAGGACAGAAAUGGGCCUGCCCCACCGCGAAUACUCUGUUAGCGUGGGUUCGGAUGCUGACACAGAAACAGAUGGGAUCAUGUCCCCUGAGCAUGCAGUCCGUCUCUGGGGCCAUAGCAAUACCAAAUCUGGCCGUAGUUCCUGCCUUUCUAGCCGAGCCAACUCCAACCUCACCCUAACUGACACCGAGCAUGAAAACACAGAAAACGGUCCUCCUCUCCAUUGCUCAUCUGCCUCCUCCUCCCCUGUCGACUCCCCUUACCCUCCCCCUUCCAAUGCAGCCAAUCAGGGCCAGGGAAGGUUGCUAGGUAACAGUGGGGCUCAGGCUGGCCUGGACUCUGAGUCAGAAGAUGAGUUUGGGCACAAUUCAUUCUUAGUUAAAACCGGCUCAGGGAACGUCAAUGCUCCGGCCAAUGUGACUGCUAAUGAGGGCUCUUACCAAAACCACUCCCGGUUGCGUACACCACCUCUGCCACUCUCACACUCCCACUCACCUAGUCAGCACCACGCCGCCUCCAUCGGCUCCCUAAGCCGCAGCAACUACACCCAGCGCAGUAACCCGAGUCCGGCACCCACCGAUAGCUCGGCACCCAAUGAGGGUCCCACCAGUGCCCAGGACUCAGGCAGCACCCACGACAACUGGCUUCUUAACAGCAACGUUCCUCUAGAGACCAGGAGCCAGAAUUCUCUAAUGUUUAUCAGAGAAGAACAGGAUGGUUGCCGAGAGGGGCUUGGGUCAUACAACACAAGAAACAUAGCAAAGCAGACAUUCCUAGAGACUUUACAGGACAACUUUAUAGAGAUGGACAUUCUGGCCACAGCUCGCCGCGACGACACUUACACUGAGGGACACUUUCUUUUUAAGCCUGGAGGGACAUCGCCCUUGUACUGCACGACGUCGCCUGGUUACCCCUUGACAUCCAGCACAGUAUACUCGCCCCCACCCCGCCCCCUGCCACGGAACACCUUCUCGCGACCCACCUUCAGCCUGAAGAAGCCCUAUAGGCACUGCAACUGGAAAUGUGCCGCACUCAGCGCCAUCCUCAUCUCCAUCACCCUGGUGUUCCUUUUGUCCUACUUUGUUGCCAUGCACCUCUUUGGACUCAAUUGGCAGUUACAGCCGAUGCAGAGGCAGAUAUAUCAGUUGAUGGAAGACAACACGAGUGGCCUACAUCUGCCCACAGAUCUGGGUUUGCCACCUUUGGGCAACACAGGUUUAGAUUUCCCAGACCGAGGAAGCAAAGAUGACGGUAAACUAGAUGGCUUUUUCCCGGAAGACAGCUUCAUAGACAUGGGUGAGAUAGACGUGGGCCGCAAAGUCACCCAGCUGAUCCCGCCUGGAAUUUUCUGGCGGUCACAGGUCUUUAUCGACCACCCAAUGUACCUCAAAUUCAAUGUGUCUCUUAGCAAAGAUGCCUUAGUGGGGAUUUAUGGGAGAAGAGGCCUGCCACCAUCACACACACAGUUUGACUUUGUGGAGCUGUUGGAUGGUCGUCGGCUCCUGGCUCAGGGGGUACCAGGCCUCGAGGGGCCACCUUUUCCAGCCCAACAGCGGAGCCUGGUGCCCCUCACAAGUCAUGAUACGGGCUUCAUACAGUACAUGGACUCUGGCAUCUGGCACCUGGCCGUGUACAAUGAUGGAAAGGAGGCGGAGCAGGUGUCCUUUCUAGCCACUGCAAUCGACUCGAUUGAUGAUUGCCCUAGUAACUGUUUUGGAAAUGGCGACUGUGUGGUGGGAAACUGUCAUUGUUUUCCUGGCUUCAGAGGACCUGACUGCAGCAGAGCAUCUUGUCCAGUGCUGUGCAGUGGGAAUGGUCAGUACCUCAAAGGUCGCUGUAUGUGUCACAGCGGCUGGAAAGGGUCUGAAUGUGAUGUUCCCACCAACCAGUGCAUCGAUAUCACUUGCAGUGGACAUGGAACAUGCAUUGUGGGAACUUGCAUCUGUAAUCCCGGUUACAAAGGCGACAACUGUGAAGAAGUGGACUGCCUGGACCCUACAUGCUCAGGAAGAGGUGUUUGUGUACGUGGCGAGUGCCACUGUUUUGUUGGCUGGGGGGAUCCUGGAUGCGAGAGUCCACGUGCAUCCUGUAUGGAACAGUGCUCUGGACACGGCACCUUCUUGGCUGAUACGAGCACUUGUAACUGUGACCCCAACUGGACAGGCCACGACUGCUCCACAGAGCUGUGCGCAGCCGACUGUGGUGGACACGGCAUCUGCGUGGCAGGCAGCUGUCGCUGUGACCAGGGCUGGAUGGGCGCCGGGUGUGAACAACGGGCAUGUCACCCACGCUGCAGUGAGCACGGGACCUGCAAGGAUGGAAAGUGUGAAUGCAGCCCGGGCUGGAAUGGAGAGUAUUGCACCAUCGCUCAAUAUCUGGAUAAGGUAGUGAAAGAGGGCUGCCCUGGUCUGUGCAAUGGCAAUGGCAGAUGCACGCUGGGUAAUAAUGGCUGGAACUGUGUUUGUCAGCUGGGCUGGCGAGGAGCAGGCUGCGACACAUCAAUGGAGACGGCCUGCAGUGACGGCAAGGACAAUGAUGGAGAUGGGUUGAUAGACUGUAUGGACCCAGAUUGCUGCCUGCAGGCUUCAUGUCACACCACAUCUCUGUGUGUGGGCUCCCCUGAUCCACUGGACAUCAUCCAGGAAACCCAGAUCUCUUUAAGCCAGAGCACCCUGCAGUCCUUCUACCAGCGUGUCCGCUUCCUGGUGGGCAGAGACAGUACCCAUGUCAUCCCUGAGGCAAACCCCUUUGACAGCGUUCAUGCUUGUGUCAUCCGGGGACAAGUGGUGACAUCAGAUGGGACUCCGCUGGUCGGUGUGAAUAUAAGCUUCAUCAACAAAGCAGCCUAUGGAUAUACCAUCACCAGACAGGAUGGCAGCUUCGACCUGGUGAGUAAUGGGGGUGUGGCCAUAGCCCUGAGGUUUGAACGUGCUCCGUUUAUCACUCAAGAGCACACCUUGUGGUUGCCGUGGGGGCGCUUCUUUGUCAUGGAUACUAUUGUGAUGCGACACGAGGUGAAUGACAUCCCUAGCUGUGACCUGAGCAGCUUCAGUCGGCCAAUGCCAAUUGUUCUGCCCGCCCCGCUGACGGCGUUUGCCGGGACCUGCAACGAGCGGGGAAUUGUAGUGCCAGAGAUUCAGACACUACAGGAGGAAGUAAAAAUACCCGGUACUGAAGUGCUCCUGGGAUACCUGAGCAGCAGAACGGCGGGGUAUAAGUCCCUCCUGCGUAUCACCCUUACCCACCCCACAAUCCCCUUCAGCCUAAUGAAGGUGCACCUCAUGGUGGCUGUGGAAGGCAGGCUCUUCAGGAAGUGGUUCUCUGCAGCACCCAACCUCUUUUACGACUUUGUCUGGGACAAGACCGACGUCUACAGCCAGAAAGUCUAUGGCAUCUCUGAAGCUUUUGUGUCUGUUGGUUUUGAGUAUGAAUCCUGCCCAGAUCUGAUCCUCUGGGAGAAGCGGACGGCCAUUCUGCAGGGUUAUGAGACCACAGCGUCCCACCUGGGCGGAUGGAGCCUGGAUAAGCAUCAUGCACUGAACAUUCAAAGUGGUAUCCUGCACAAGGGCAAUGGUGAAAACAUAUUCAUCUCACAGCAGCCCCCUGUCAUCGGAAGCAUCAUGGGUAAUGGGCGAAGACGCAGUAUCUCCUGUCCGAGCUGUAACGGACUGGCUGAUGGAAAUAAGCUGCUGGCACCGGUAGCUUUAGCCUGCGGUUCUGAUGGCAGUCUGUAUGUGGGUGAUUUCAACUACGUCCGGCGGAUCUUUACCACAGGAAAUGUCACAAGUGUCGUAGAGCUCAGAAACAAAGAUUUCAGGCAUAGCAAUAGUCCUGCACACAAAUAUUACCUGGCUACCAGUCCUGUUUCGGGAGCACUGUACCUCUCGGACACCAGUAGCAGGAAGGUGUUUAAGGUGAAGUCUCUGAACAUAGUGAAGGAUGUGACGAAGAACCUGGAGCUGGUGGCGGGCACAGGCGAUCAGUGUUUGCCCUAUGAUGAGACACGCUGCGGGGACGGAGGAAAAUCUGUGGAGGCCACACUUACCAACCCUAGAGGCAUUAUUGUGGACAAGUAUGGCGUUAUAUUCUUUGUAGAUGGCACCAUGAUCCGUCGUAUUGAUCAAAACGGGAUCAUAUCCACCCUGCUGGGCUUCAACGACUUGACCUCGGCACGGCCCCUGAGUUGUGAUUCAGUGAUGGACAUCUCCCAGGUACGUCUGGAAUGGCCUACUGACCUGGCUGUGAGCCCGAUGGACAAUUCCCUUUAUGUAUUGGACAACAACGUGGUUCUGCAGAUCUCCGAGAACCAUCAAGUGAGAAUUGUGGCUGGGAGGCCGAUGCACUGCCAGGUUCCUGGCCUAGAUCACUUCCUCGUUAGCAAAGUCGCCAUCCACGCCACCUUGGAAUCUGCCAACGCUCUCGCCGUCUCCCACAAUGGCAUACUUUACAUUGCAGAAUCAGACGAGAAGAAGAUUAACCGUGUACGACAGGUCUCUACCAAUGGGGAGAUCUCGCUGGUUGCUGGCGCCCCUAGUGGCUGCGACUGCAAAAAUGAUGCAAACUGCGACUGCUACUCUAGUGAUGAUGGUUACGCUAAGGACGGCAAACUAAAUGCACCCUCCUCGUUAGCAGUCUCACCUGAUGGAGAACUCUUCAUUGCUGACCUGGGUAACAUACGAAUACGGUAUGUAAGGAGAAAUAAACCGUUCCUAAACCCACUAAACAUGUAUGAGUUGUCCUCGCCGAUUGACGACGAACUCUACUUGUUUGACGUAAACGGCAGCCAUAUAUACACUCAAAGCCUGACCACUGGAGACUACCUGUACAACUUGACCUACUCUGGAGAAGGUGACCUGAGCAGCAUCACAGACAAGAAUAAGAACAAAGUGACUAUCCGCAGAGACACAACAGGACUGCCCCUUUGGCUGAUGGGUCCUGAUGGCCAAACCUUCUGGUUCACUAUUGGAACUAAUAAUGCAUUGAAGAGCGUUGCCACCCAGGGUCAAGAAAUAGCCAUGAUGACUUAUCACGGAAGCUCAGGACUGCUGGCCACUAAGAGCAAUCAAGAUGGGUGGACAACCUUCUAUGAGUAUGACAACUACGGCCGGCUGACAAACGUGACCUACCCCACAGGCAGGGUGAGCAGCUACCGCACCGAUUCUGACAGCACUGUGCGGGUGCAAACCGAGGGCUCUAACAAAGAAGACAUCACGGUCACCACCAACCUCUCAGCCUCUGGAACAUUCUACACACUCAUGCAGGAUCAAGUCAAAAACAGUUACUAUAUUGGUCUGGAUGGCUCAUUGCGGCUGGUGUUGGCCAACGGCAUGGAAGUGUCUCUUCACACAGAACCUCACCUGCUGUCAGGAACAGUCAACCCGACUAUAAGCAAGAGGAAUGUAACUUUACCCAUCGAUAAUGGGCUUAACCUGGUGGAGUGGAGACAACGCAAAGAACAGACUCAAGGACAGGUCGCAGUGUAUGGACGCAGACUCAGGGUUCAUAAUAGGAACUUGUUAUCCAUGGAUUUUGAUCGCGUAACCAGGACAGAGAAAGUAUAUGAUGACCACAGAAAGUUCACCUUGAGGAUCCACUAUGACCAUGCUGGAAGACCUACAUUGUGGGCUCCAAGCAGUCGACUGAAUGGUGUCAAUGUCACCUACUCACCGGGUGGUCACAUUGCUGGAAUACAGAGGGGCACUAUGUCGGUCCGAAUGGAAUACGACCAAAAUGGCAAAAUCACAUCAAAGACAUUUGCAGAUGGAAAGUCAUGGAGCUAUACCUACCUUGAAAAGUCUAUGGUACUACUGCUAUACAGUCAGCGACAAUACAUCUUUGAAUUUGACAAGAACGACCGCCUCUCAUCAGUAACCAUGCCUAAUGUGGCAAGGCAGACGUUGGAGACCACCCGUUCCAUCGGCUAUUACAGAAACACAUACAGGCCGCCAGAGGGCAACUCCACAGUUUUGCAAGAUUACAGUGAAGAUGGACUACUUCUGCAGACCAUCCACCAGGGAACAGGGCGUAGAGUAAUCUAUAAGUACGGGAAGCUCUCCCGUCUUAUAGAAAUUCUUUAUGAUACUACACGAAUUGCCUUUUCUUAUGAUGAAUCUGCUGGCAUGCUGAAAACUGUGGGCCUCCAAACCGAAGGCUUUGCAUGCACCAUUCGUUACAGGCAGAUCGGACCGCUCAUCGACAGGCAAAUCUUUCGAUUCAGUGAGGAGGGCAUGGUAAACGCCCGGUUUGACUACAACUACGACAACAGUUUUCGAGUCACCAGCAUGCAAGCGGUCAUCAAUGAAACACCGUUGCCCAUUGACCUCUAUCGCUAUGAUGAUGUCUCAGGAAAGACGGAGCAGUUUGGCAAGUUUGGAGUCAUCUAUUACGACAUUAACCAAAUCAUAACCACAGCUGUCAUGACCCACACCAAACACUUUGAUGCUUAUGGACGAGUUAAAGAGGUGCAAUAUGAGAUUUUCCGUUCGCUAAUGUACUGGAUGAUGGUGCAGUAUGACAACAUGGGGCGAGUGGUGGCCAAGGAGCUAAAGGUAGGGCCCUAUGCAAAUACCACCCGUUACGCUUACGAAUACGAUGCUGAUGGCCAACUCCAAGUUGUAUCCAUCAACGAUAAGCCUCUCUGGCGCUACAGUUAUGACCUGAAUGGAAAUUUGCACCUUCUUAGCCCUGGUAACAGUGCCAGACUUAUACCAGUACGCUAUGACAUACGGGAUCGCAUUACACGAUUAGGUGACGUGCAGUACCGUUUGGACGAGGAUGGAUUCCUCAGACAAAGAGGCAACGAUUUCUUUGAAUAUAACUCAGCUGGGUUACUAGUUAAAUCCUACAACAAAGUUAAUGGAUGGACUAUAAAGUACCGCUAUGAUGGCUUGGGACGAAGAGUGUCCAGUCGAAGUAGCCAAGGGCACCAUCUACAAUACUUCUAUGCUGACUUGUCAAGUCCCACCAGAGUCACCCACAUGUACAAUCACUCUAGCUCAGAGAUCACGUCACUCUACUAUGAUCUUCAAGGCCACCUCUUUGCCAUGGAGCUAAGCAGCGGGGAUGAGUUCUACGUCGCCUGUGACAACAAUGGCACACCAAUGGCUGUAUUCAGUGGUGCAGGUCUCAUGAUCAAGAAGAUUCUCCAUACAGCUUUUGGAGAGGUGUAUUUGGACUCCAACCCCAGCUUUGAGCUAGUCAUAGGUUACCAAGGUGGCAUUUAUGAGCCUCUUACAAGGCUUGUGCACAUGGGCCGAAGAGAUUAUGAUGUUCUUGCAGGCCGUUGGACCACUCCUGAUCAUGAUGUCUGGAAGAGGCUUAACAGCAACAACAUUGUGCCCUUCAACCUCUACAUGUUCAAGAACAACAACCCCUUGAGCAACAGCCAUGAAACCAAGUGCUACAUGACAGAUGUCAACAGCUGGUUGGUGACGUUUGGUUUCCAGCUGUACAAUGUCAUCCCUGGCUAUCACAAGCCUGCCACGGAUGCCGUGGAGCCUUCUUACGAGCUUAUUCACACUCAGAUGAAGACUCAAGAGUGGGAUAGCACCAAGUCUGUGCUGGGGGUGCAGUGCGAAGUCCAGAGGCAGCUAAAGUCUUUCGUCCGGUUGGAGCGAUUCAGCCAGAUCUACACAGCAAGUAAUUCCGGGUGCCCUCAGACCCCUUUCCGUACACUCUUUGCCACAGGGGGAUCGCUCUUCGGCAAGGGUGUUAAAGUAGCUAUUCGUGAGGGCCGUGUGACUGCUGACAUCAUCAGUGUGGCCAGUGAGGAUGGCCGGCGAAUAGCAGCAGUGCUUGACAAGGCCAUGUACCUGCAGGAUCUACACUUCACCAUUUUAGGCUUGGACACACACUACUUUGUCAAAUCGGGACUAGUAGAGGGCGACCUUAAUCUGCUAGGCAUGACAGUGGGCCAGCGCACACUGGAGACAGGUGUUAACGUUACUGUCUCACAAGUCAACACAGUGAUUGGUGGAAGAACGCGACGCAUCACCGACAUCCAACUGCAGUAUGGUACAUUGAGUCUCAACGUUCGCUAUGACAGCAGUCUAGAUGAAGAAAAGAUUCGCGUGUUGGAGCUUGCACGCCAGCGGGCCGUUUCAACUGCCUGGGCUCGUGAACGACACCGAUUAAGGAAAGGCGAAGAGGGAUCUCGAACUUGGACAGAUGGGGAGAGGCAGCAGCUUCUGAGCUCUGGACGUGUCCAAGGCUAUGAGGGCUUCUACAUUGUGUCGGUUGAUCAGUUCCCUGAAUUAGCCGACAAUGUAAACAACAUCCAUUUCCUGCGACAAACUGAGAUGGGCCGUAGGUGACAUGAAGGUGAAGAAACUUGCUCAGACUCAUCGUCCAGGACUUCUUGCCAAAGACAAGUUGUUUUUGUGACCAUAUUGUUUUACUUUAUUUUUAUGUUGACUGUGCCAGACUUAUUUUUUUAAUACAUGAAGUACAUGGUUGCGAACAGUUGCACUGUUUCCACGGUAGAGUGCCCCUCUCCUUUUUCGUACUUCUUAAACCCUCUUUGCCCUUCAAGUGUGGCUGCUAAAGGAUGGCAUAUGGCAGUGUUGGUGGUUUAUUCAGCUCUGCCUGUCUGUUUGUGGGUUUUGCUCAAAGGAAUGUAGGAAGAAGGCUGGUAACGCAUUAUGCUCGCUGGCUCAGCCUGCCGCCAGACGAGCAGAUUGUUAUUCACAAGCUUCACUCCACUCUGCCUUUUCCCGCGCCUCAGCCAAGGAGAGACCUCUUUUAAUCGCUUCUUUUUUAUACUUGAAAGCCCACCGGCUGUGUCAUACUUAAACAUUGGUGUUUGAUGUCCAUUGCUACCAGUUCAGACUCUUAACUGAACCCAUCUCAUGUUCAAAACUUGUUGUGAUGUCUUGUGAUAUUUUGAGACUGAGUGGCUUGCUAGUGAAAUCCAUUUUUUUUUAUUAUUAUUAUUUCUAUUUUUGUCUAAAUGGCUUAAAAACACAUAGAAAGGGAAGAAGAGGAUGUAUGAAGUAUAUACAUUAAAACAAAAUUAAAGAAAUUUAGAAAACAGGAAAUAGCUAGUUAGCCCCAUAGUCUUUAAAAGUACAUGUAAAAUUAAAUUUACACCGAAACAAAUUAUAGUAGCUUUGUUCCAAAACCUAGUGAGCUGCCUACCUAAAUAGACUUAAGUUAUCAUAGGCACGCUCUGAUGUAGGGUUGCAAACUCUCCUGCAUUAGCCGGGUAGUCCCUUAUUUUGGCCAAAAUGAAGACUUGCCCUGUAUUAUAGUGGCAAAGCUGUCAAGGUCAGAUGCCAAAAUGUUGAAGGGGACCCCUGUCCCAUAUAGAAGUUCUCAAAAUUAUCAAGCUUCCCAUAUUCCUGUGAUGAAAAGUUGGCAAACCUACUCUGAUGUUAACAGUGUUUUAAAAGGUAAGUAAUAAAAUAAUGCUGCCUUCUGACAUACUUAACUAACAAACUAACUUUUAAGGCAGUAUUACAUAUACACCCCUGAGAGAUAGAUAGCAAUGUCUUCAUGCGUUCCUUACAGAUCUGGCAAACUAGCCGCAAACUUGCCACAAUUUUGCCUCUCAUUACUUUCACAUGCAAAUGUGCUUGUGACUCACCACAAAUGUUUGCCAGAAGUUUGCAGCUCUUCACCGGUAGUGGUAAACCUGCCGCAUACAUUUGGCAAUAAUGGACAAUUUGUGAAAGUUUGCUGCAAAGUUUAUUUGCAUGUGAAAAUAAUCAGUCAAAAAUCUGAGGCAAGUUUGAGGCAAAUUUGCAAUAUAAUCUUGACUUUUGCAAGGGUUGUGCCGAGCUCAGUAAAAAAUAUUAAUUUAAGAAAUUGAGACAAUUGUAAUAAUAUUUCAUUCAGUACUGAAAGUAUCUAUACAAAUAGUUAAGUCUAGUAAGACAUUUACUAUUUUAUAAAAUUUUUGUGAGUGCUAUGUAUUUUUUUGCGUCUUAUUGUUAGCUAAGGAACAUGCUAACAUUCAAUUUUAUUAGAUUCAACUGUUAGCUGAAUCUCCUGUGAUGCUCAAAGUUCAGUUUAGUUGACAAAAGUUGACUAUUUUUAUUUUUUAAAAGGCACCUGACUUUUUAAGCAUAAGACAGCAAGAAAGCUGACUAGGUUUUGGAACAGACCUAUUGAGUCUAGAUUUUGAAGGUUUUAAAAUAAAUUAGUUUGAGAUCCAUGCAACUUUAUUUCCUAGUAACAUUAACAGUAAGCAGUAUAACAGUUGUGAACGAUUGUACAUUUUAAUGCUGAUUGUUGUACUUGAACAAAACGUAUGGAAUAAAGGCCGGAAAGGUCAGUCAGAUAGAUUCAUUUGUUUUUAUGGUUACAAAAAAGUUGCAUAUGGACCAUUCCUAAGAAUGACAGUAUUUAUUUUAGUGCUGUGUUUUCAAGAGAAGUAUAAAGCCUUAUGUUUUGUCAGUGAAUUAAAUGCUUCAAGUGUAAAAUGGCAUGAAUGCUUAAAAAAGACAAGCGCACUACUAAAACAUACAUUCAAACUGCAAUUUGUUUUUUAAAGAUUAUAUACUGAGUGCUGUAAACACUGCCCAUUGUGGUAAGGACAGAAGACAACCCAUGUGAAUAGCCUUUGCUCUGAGGCUGCCCGAGGGUCAACAUCGUAAGUGCUCUGAAUGUGAAAAACAAGACCCUUCAAAGUCUGCAGGCCAUCGGAGAUGCAUUAAGGCCUGAAGGUGCCUGGCAACCCACCAUCUGGAUAUGUUUGGAAAUGAGCUUCAAAGAGCAUCCUGCGCAAUCUAUUUCUGGUUGGAUGGUGUUAAUAUGUUGGACGUGAUGUCGCAUUGGGGCUUCAUGUUAGUGUUUGGUAUAUUAAUCUAUUCUUGCUGCCAGUCUUGGGGAAAUCACUUAGGAAUGGUCACCAUGAUGAAUUGAUCAAGUUUUUUAAGCUGUAUAAUAUUGUUGAGCAUAUUUUGAUUUGUUUUACUGUCAUUGAAUGCAGUGACAUCAUGUAUUUUAAAAAAGAACAACAUUGAAUGAAGGAAAAAAAUGCAAUUUGGUAAAUUGCACUUGAACUGCAUCAUAAGGCUUUUAUUUUUUUUUUCUAGUUUUGGACUCAUUUUGAUUUUUUUAUUAUUAUUAUUAUUAUUAUUUUCUCAACACUGUGUUUCUAAAUGCUUCUCUUGGAAACUGUAAAUAAGAUGGGAAGAAAUGAGCUGUAAAUAAAAUGCUAAUGUAGAUACCUUUUAGAGCUACA